CCCCGCGGCCCGGCCUCGGGUCAGGAGGGCCUCGAAAAGCGGCUGGGCGUCCGCGAUGGAUCCGGAGCUGGCCCGGAGCCUCUUCUUCGAGGGCGCCACGGUGGUGGCCCUGGACGUGCCCGAGGGCACCGAGUUCGGCGUCGACUGCAGCUCGUGGCAAGUGGGCCCCCGCUUCCGCGGCGUCAAGAUGAUCCCUCCGGGCGUCCACUUGGUGCACUACAGCGCGGCGGGCCGCAGCCCCGCCGGGACCCGCGAGACAGGCCCGCGCACGGGCUUCUUCGUGAGCCUGCGGCCGCGGGGGCUGCGCCUGCUGCGCUGGGACGCGGCCCGCGAGGAGCUGGACUUGAGCCCGCCGCCCGAGGAGCAGCUGGAGGCCGUCCGGGCCAACCUGCAGGAGCUGGAUCGCUUCCUGGGGCCCUACCCCUACGACCUGCUGAAGAAGUGGGUCUCCCUGAGCAGCUGCCUGAGCGAGGAGGUCGUGCAGCGCCUGCAGCCCGAGAACGGGCAGAUCUGCGCCUUCUCCGAGGUGCUGCCCGUGCUGCCCCUGACCUACACCAAGGACCGCGCCGAGCGCGGCCCGCCGUCCUGCGCCGCCGAAUGCAAGAGCUACCAGGAGGGCCUGGCCCGCCUGCCCCAGAUGAAGCAGAAAGCCGGCACCGAGAUCCGUUUCACCACGUUGCCCAAGCAGACCUACCCCGACGGCGCCAGCCCGGCAGAGAUUACCAAGCAUAGCAUGGACCUGAGCUACGCCCUGGAGACUGUGAUUAACAGUCAGUACUCCACCAAUCCCCAGGAUGUCCUGGCUGAGCUGCAGUUUGCCUUUAUUUGCUUCCUGAUUGGGCAUGUGUAUGAUGCGUUUGAACAUUGGAAGCAGCUGCUGAACCUCCUGUGCAGGGCAGAAGAAGCCAUUGGAAAGUACAGCGCCCUCUACAGCCGCCUCAUUUCCAUCUUGUAUCAUCAGCUUGCUGAGAUCCCUGCUGACUUCUUUGUGGACAUCAUCUCUCAGGACAACUUCUUAACCAGCACCUUGCAGGUUUUCUUUUCCUACAUUUGCAGCACCACUGUUGAUGAGACACUGAGGCGGAAGGCAGAGAAGUUCAAGGCCCAUCUGACUAAGAAAUUCAAAUGGGACUUUGAGGCAGAGCCAGAUGACUGUGCCCCAGUAGUGGUGGAGCUUCCAGAAGAUGUUAACUUGGAAAUGACAGGCUAGCUCUGAGACCAUAAGCAAAUGAUUCUCUUCUUUCCAAGAGGCCAGUCAUCUUGAAUUUGAAGCUCCUUUCUGCUGGAUGUCCUUUUGAACUGUGAUGGGGAGCUAGAGUUCCAUUGUCUCUGGUCCCAUUUCAUGGGUUUGGAAUAGGGUGUCUAUGUCUACUAACCUGGGUCCCUGGGGCUUCUGCUGUGGCCCCUUCUCACCUCCUGCUACACCAGCCUGGUACUUUACUGGUCUGAUUGAAUUUCACCAAAACUAACUCUUAUGUAAGAUCUUCAAAGAAGCUGCCUGAGUGACAACUUAAUUCCUUCUAAAGGAAAAUUGAACUGGGAGAGAGAGCCACCAAAUUUUCCUUGGGAAGGAGACUGCCUUGGGAUAGGUUGUUGUUUUUUUUUUUUUUUUUAAUCAGAAACUACAAACUCUAUCUUUGUUAGUAUUUGAUAUUAUUAUUUUCCCUAGAUGUCUUUCAAAGUCGGUGGAAGGAGAGGAGUGUAGUAGUGACAGGUGAGAAGAUUACUGUGCCUGCUAAAUUUUAAUAUUGUUGUUUGAUGUUCUGAAACAAGAUGUCUCCAAAGGAAAUCCAGAUGUAUUCGAGGUAUGGAAGACAGUUCAGCAGUGCCUGAGGACUAGAGUAGUUUUCAAUCUCUGCUUAAAUUACAUUCCACUAGUUCUGGGGUCAGAUCAUCUAACUCCACUGGGCCCAGGACAGUUACUAUGAGAGGCCAUACCACCUGCAUAGCCUGCUGCAGCCAUGACACCCUUUUCUGAUCCUUCUGGAAUAGGAAUCCCGCCACAUGAACUGAUGAGCUUCUCUAGAACUGCUUGGUAAAAGAAGGCUUCCCACGAUGGUUUUUGGUAUUGCUGUAAUUCAACAGCAAGAAGAAAGCAAACCUCCUCCUCCCCCAGUGGUUGUUUCCAUAUGUUAUGGAAGCUUUGUGGCCCAUGUUGGGACCUCUGAAUAGUUUACAAUUUUACCUAACUUCCCUAGGCCUUAGUGCCCUUUCCCCUGGCCUCUUCCCCCCAUUUCUUCCCUGUAACUGUCAGUUUUUCUGAUUAAUUGAAGCAUCCACCUGGAAUGGAGCUGAAAGGUUAUGCCAGUAACCUGUAGGCAAAAUGUUGUAUUUGAAGGGAGACUGCCCUGAACUGCUCACCUUGUCAUGUUGUACAACAGAGCAAACCCCCGCUGCCACUUUCUCUAACACACAUUCUGGUGCUUCAGCUUUUGAAUGAGAAUCCUGACUAGGUAGGAUUUUUAGUUCCACUUGUUUCCUUGGAGAUUGCUUUAUAAGAAGGUUGGAUGUAUUAAAUCUUUUCCUUGAGAAUAAAAUUGUUGCGUGUGAGUCUCUA